GCUGAGCUGCCGAGACGAAAGAAGCGGGGGGAAGUGGAGGGACUGGUGGCCGGAGCGGAGGGGCCGAGCCCCCAGGCACGGGCGGGGUUGCUGCUUCUUCCGCAUGGCUCCUCCAUGAGGAAGCCAUCUGAGCUCGGGCAGCAUUGGAAGGAGAGUCUGGGACUCUGAAUAUCUCCUUCGGAGUUCCUUGCCAGAAUGGGGUUUUCUGAGACACUCUUCCUCCAAGUGGCAGACGACGCUCGAGACACUUCUCCAGAUGGCCUUUUCCAGGAAACUGUUGUAACAUUGAGCCCCAGACUCUGCUGGAGCAGAGUUGCUGGUGGAGCUGGCAACUACCAUGGAUGAUGAAAAUCUCCCUCCAUCACCACCAGUGGAAGGCAGUGCCUCCCACAGCCCGAUCCUGGGACCCCAGCCCAGCAGAGAGCAGCCAUUGACAGAAGAACCCACAAAAGAUCAGUUUGCCCCUUCAGAUGGAGCCAAAGGGGACAGGAGCUCAGGCAGAGAGAGCAUGGACAGCAAUGGGGACACUUGCCUGACUGAGCCUCCAGAGCACAGGAAAAGGACAGAUACCCUAGCCUGUGGGGACAGUGCUGAGGGUAGGGAUGGUGACCUCUGUGAUUUGUCACUCAUAAACAAUGUGUCCUUGGGGUAUGGGUCGGAUCAGGUGAUAGACUUGGAUAGUGCUGAAGCUCCCAACAUGAGUGGACAUGGUGACUGUUGGAGGGAAAUAGAACUUGAGAGAGGGGAGGCCCCUUACAAGAAGUCUGGCUUGGGAUAUCAGCAGCCACUGGGCAGUGCUCCAGGGAGCCCUUGUCCUGAAGUCAGGCUAUUUGAGGAGCCAGAAGCCAGUGAGUGCCAGGAGGAUGGAGAGUCAUUCCCCUUUAAGGACAUCCGGGAUGGUUUUAGCUCCACCUUUGAGAAGAUUGUGGAGUCGGAGCUGAUGAAAGGGACAUACUACAGUAGCCUGGACUCACUGGACGUGCUGAGCCUCACUGAUGAGACUGACAGCUGUGUCAGCUUGGAGGUGCCCCUCACCCCACUCAUUCAACAGCGGGUCAAGGAGAGCCCAGAGCCCACUGAGGUCCGGCCAGAGGACAGGGAUGGGGAUGGGGAGGAGGCCAUAGACGGGCGAGAUGGGGCCGAGGCAGGGUUGGGAGAUGGGGACUUCGGGAGUCCCCUGAGACACUCCAUUACCAGCAGCAGAUCGGAAAAUGUCCUGAGCCGACUCUCUCUGAAGGUUGUUCCCAAUGGCUACCAUGCUGCCACCACCCAGGACACGGAAGAAGAGGAAGAGGAGGAGGAGGAUGACACAACCAAACUUAUCAAUUCUGUCAGUGACCCAAGCUUGAAGGAUGCAUUAUCAGACUCUGAUUCUGACCUGGGCAGCUCAGAGCAGCUGGAUCAUGGAAGUACAGACACGUUGGCCAAUGGAUGCCAGGCUGUCAACGAAGCAGCCAAGAGGUUAGCCCGGCGUCUCUACCACCUGGAGGGUUUCAAGCGCUGUGACAUCGCCCGCCAGCUCAGUAAGAAUAAUGAGUUCAGCAGGCUGGUAGCUGAAGAGUAUCUCAGCUUCUUUGAUUUCUCAGGCCUGAGCCUGGAUAGAGCACUCAGGACCUUUCUAAAGGCCUUUCCUCUGAUGGGGGAGACUCAGGAGCGGGAGCGAGUUCUUACCCACUUCUCCAGGAGAUACCGCCAAUGUAACCAGGGAGAGAGCACCUCAGAAGAUGGGAUUCACACGCUUACCUGUGCCCUGAUGCUGCUCAACACGGACUUGCAUGGACAUGUGAACAUCGGCAAGAAGAUGUCCUGCCAGCAAUUCAUUGCCAACCUGGACGGGCUGAAUGAUGGACAGGACUUUGCCAAGGAUCUUCUGAAGACCCUAUACAAUUCCAUUAAGAAUGAAAAGCUGGAGUGGGCCAUCGAUGAGGAGGAGCUGAGGAAGUCAUUGUCUGAGCUGGUGGACGACAAGUUCGGGCCUGGAGCCAAGAAGGUGACCAGGAUCAUAGACGGCAGCAAUCCCUUCCUGGAUAUCCCUCAGGCGCUCAACGCUGCCACCUACAAGCAUGGUGUGCUCACCCGCAAGACCCAUGCUGACAUGGAUGGCAAGAGAACCCCCCGAGGUAGGCGAGGGUGGAAGAAGUUCUAUGCGGUUCUCAAAGGAACCAUCCUUUACCUGCAGAAGGAUGAAUAUAAGCCAGAUAAAGACCUCUCCGAGGUGGACCUGAAGAAUGCCAUUCGUGUUCAUCACGCACUGGCCACCAGGGCCUUGGACUAUAGCAAGAAGUCCAACGUGUUGAAGCUGAAGACAGCUGACUGGAGAGUAUUCCUCUUCCAAGCACCGAGCAAGGAGGAGAUGCUUUCCUGGAUCCUUCGAAUCAACCUGGUGGCUGCCAUUUUCUCCGCCCCUGCCUUCCCGGCUGCUAUCUGCUCAAUGAAGAAGUUCUGUAGGCCUCUCCUGCCCUCCUCUACCACUCGACUGUGCCAGGAAGAACAGCUGAGGUCCCAUGAAAACAAGAUGAGGCAGAUCAUGGCUGAGCUCACAGAGCACAGGAUGCACCCGGCUGAGAAAAAUGUCAAAUCCAAGGAGGCAGAGGAAUACCGUCUGAAGGAGCACUAUCUAACAUUUGAGAAAAGCCGCUAUGAGACAUACAUCCAUCUCCUGUGCGUGAAGAUCGAAGUGGGCUCAGAUGACCUGGAGCAGAUUGAAACCAGGCUGGCCACUGUGGAAGCCGAGGACCUCUCGUUGAGGAAGACACACUCCAGUCCCUCUCUUAGCCAGGGCCACGGGCCCACAGCAGGUGGACUGGUGCAAAGGGACAUCACAGAGCCCAGCACUUAACUGGGAUGUGUGGUCAGGCCACAGAAGCAGGGCCCCUGCUGGACUGCCCCACGGAGGUUAGGGGGCACAGCUCUGCCCUGGAGCCCUCAUGCACUGAACCCCGCUGGGCGAGCCAAAGGGCUCGGGUCGGGGCCAGGGCCCCGGAGGCCGAGAAUCUGUCAUUGUCUAGGUGUUGAUCCUCUUCCCUACUCUGACAUCUCCGGGUCCUCAACUCUCUCCUAGCCCCCAGACAACUCCCUGUUGGGACCCUCCAUCCCCACAGAGAGGUUUCUUAUUACAAUGGGAAUCUGCAUCCCUGCCAUAAAGCUCACAGUUGUGGAGCUGAGGGACCUUGGCUCUUCCCAGGUGCCCCCGCCCCCGGCUCUUCUCAUUGGAUUUCUCCCUCUUCUCCCCACCCCAUUCCAAUGCCCAGCCCCUCUCACUGUGGGCGGAUCCUGUCAAAUCAUAAAGGAUCCUCCCCUCCUACCUUCUCUCCUUAAAGACAAGCAGCUGCUGGUCUGCAGGCCGCACGCAGCGCCUCCCCCCAAAAACCUCACCCCCAUCCCCUCCAGGACAUACUCCACCCACCGGCGCCGGUCACCCCACUCCUGCCGCCAUGAUCCAGGCCCAGUGACGUCCUUCUCACAGUGUCAAGUCGUCCCUGCUUCACGCCUGUGACCAUUCCGUCCGCUGAUAUAGGAAACACUGUGGCCUCACACACAAACACACAAACACACACACACACACACACACACACACACACACACGAUUUUCUAACCAUGUAGGAGAAAGAGGAGGAAAAGGAAACACGCCAGAUGGAAACCCUUUUCCCAAGGAUCUACCUGUUAUAGUGUCCCCUGAAUGUGGCCAAAGGCCUAGGACACAGCGUCUCCUUAGCGGUCUGGCACCUCGAGGGGGAGAGGGGUGGUUCUGCAGGGACUGUCCCUUGUCUGUUCCUGGGGCCACUCUGGCUUUAGCUGUGACACAUACUGCUUUACUGUCCGUGCUUUGGAAAUAAAUAGACAGAGCCCA